UAGAAGGCGUAGCAGUCAAAGUGGCAGCUUUAUGAGAAAUCGGUCUGCGUUUAUAAAGUUCAAAUACAAAUUAAAAAAAAAUAUAUGUAUGAAUAUUUUAAAAUAAAAAUUUGCUGUUCUCAUAGUGCAAUCGUCGCUGCGUAUGCUUGCAACCGAUGCAACGACGAACGGCGUAUGCGCGCACCAACAGUUGCGCAUGGUCCGUCGAGUAGGACGGUUGUUGGCCGGCUGCCAGAACGAGAACCUAAUUAGAAAUUCAACGACCGGUGUUUGUGUAUAUUUGCAAAACGAAAAUGUGUGCACGGCAACGCGGGAUGCCGCAAAGCAGAAAGUGACUAGCGGCCAGACGAUAACCCCGACUAAGCUUAAGAUGACGUUGGUGAUAAAUGCGAAACCGCGUCGCGGCACUUGGAAACGAUCCAUAUGGCCCUUGACCUUGCUGUGGUGUCUUUUAAUAGCCGAUUCGCAGGUAAACGGGUUAAACUAUGUCGAUGACACGACCGCAGCCUCGGGCACGGAAGCCAUGGCACAGGCGAUGGGCCUUUAUGGCGCACGCGAACCGCGUUUUGGCGACCGUUUGCUGCCGUUGCGCAAAAAGGCUGGUGCGAUAGUGAAUGUGGCACCCAGUCAAAGGCAAGUUAAUAGCCUUUUGAGUAAAAGUAAUUAUGUGGUGAGUUAUGUGAGUGCAAAUACAAAUAAUGCCGCCAUUAACGGGAAAGUUAUGGCACGUGGCACAACUAUAAACACGACUACUGAAGUGAAUGCAUCGCGUAAUAAUAGCGACAGUGACACAAAAGUCGUCAGUGUUAGUGUUGAACCGAAAACCGACUUGUAUACAAUGGGCCUAGACAUCGAGCAUGCCCAUUAUACGGAUCCACUCACGUCUAUGCAACGACACGCCAAGCAGUUAAGUCGACGUGAGGACACCAAUAUCGGCGGGCUAUUGCUGGAUUCCCCUACCACCAGCUUCAGCAGCAAGGAUGCAAAUAUCUCUAAAGCAGAUCGUCUCGUUGUCAUGUCCACUGAGUUCUUCGUAGUACCGACGAGCACGCCGUUACCGCACAGUGCUCAUGCUCCUGGUGUACCUGCGCGCACAGGUGCCAAGGCCGCUGUAUUACCCGCCUACAUACAACCACCCUCUUCUGGCGCGCCCAAUUCUGGACCACGUUCGGUGCUGAUUGUGGCGCCGAAAGCGGGAAAUACGUCCAACAUAGGGCACACGACCAAUAUUGGUAUUUCACCGUCCAUAAUACCUACGCACCUGCCCUUCACCGGCUUGCGCAAGGAGCCGUGGGUAGUGCCGGUGCUGGUAUUGGCCGCCCUUACCAUGCUAAUGAUGACCGCCUUUGAGAUUUUCGUGUUGUUUAAGGCGUGGCGCACAUCACCAUCUCGUCGUCAUCUCUUUCUCGGCCAGAUGUUGUUGUUGGGCCUUUUCGCCUGCGCUGGCCUGGGUGCUGUAUUGACGGCACAACCUUCUCUGUUGAGUUGUGGCACCAUCCGAUUUGGCGUGGGCGUUGCUUAUGCGCUGGUAUUUGCCGCACUGCUUGUCAAAUGCGUCUUCCUCAUUAGUCUCAAUGGUGGCGUUUAUCUGCCAGCGCCCUACCAGGGGCUGCUGCUUCUAUUCGCUGUACUCAUACAGGUAGCCAUAGGCACACAGUGGCUGCUCACACAGCCGCCCGAGAUUCAUACGCAAAGUGUACCCAUUUUGGGCAAUAGUCUCUUGGCACCAACAAUAGCUUCCAGCGGAGCUUCAUCGGCAGCACAGACUUUUGCUGCACUUUUUCAAUCACACCACCCCACGCCAACUAACGCUCCAGUUACCACAGUGGUUGGUUCGAGCCUUGGCGCCGAUCUGUAUACGCGCAUAACCACUGCCGGUACGGUGCUGAUACCGCUUUGCAAAACACAAUUUUCGGAGCUGCUCUUCUCGCUUAUCUACAUCGUCUUUCUGAUUGUGUUCGUCGCCGUGCUAGCAAUCAAAUCACGCGGCAUACGUGACAACUAUCGUGAGGCCACCUAUAUUGGACUGGCCAUUGGUGGUGCCAUACCCAUUUGGCUGGGUUGGAUGCUGUGCGGCUUGGCAGUGGCGGAACGACACAAAGAUGCCUGCAUCGCUUUUGGGCUCAUCGCAACAUCGGCAACUGUUUUUCUGGUGAUGUUCAUGCCAAAGGGUCGACAAUUGGCCGCUAUGGGCAAGGAGGGCCUCUAUGUUGAGGAUCGCGAGGAACAAUUCAGCUCGCUGAGUCGUGCUGGGUCCGGCUAUUCGCCCUCAUUCUUUCACUUUAAGCCGAUUAAAUACGGAGUGAUGGGCGGCGGCAUGCAAAAUUCGGCGACAAACACAGGGAACGGUGCUAGUAUGAAGCACUGCUCGAAUGGGCUGGGAGGAGGAGAUCGCGUUGCCUUGGUUACCGCUGCCCCACCGAGCUAUACACGUAUGUAUCACUAUUUUCCAGCACAUUUAUCAGCGCACCCGUUUUGUUUUUAUCCACAACCCCCACCACCACCACCGCCACCACCAAUACCACCGCCAACGUUGACACAAUUGCCCUCACCACCGACACUCAAACAAUUGGGCAAUUCCCUAUCGUCAAUGACACAAGCACAUAUCGCACAGACACUCCGGUAUCCAGGUUUAUUUAUACGACCCGAUGAGACCAAUCUUUACACGACGUUGGAACCAACACUAAGCAGUAAUCCGAACGUGUACUUCCAGCGAGGCGGUGCAGUGCAUCCGGGUAUGAUGUACUAAACACUGCCUAAUUGGAGAUCGUACGAAAACUCACUAAUUAAAUAGUGGAUGGGAGUAUACCAUAAAAACAGUUGGCAGCAGAGUCAAGCAGACGCUCGACAGCCGAGCACUGAACAAACUCAAAGUAUAAAAGUAUAACUUAAUAUGCAAUACGAAACACUAAACGAAGUUAUAAACUAUAAAAAUAAAUAUCUUUUAUAAAACUAAGAAAAAUUACGAAAACAUUUAUAGAGUAGUUUAAGAACUAAGAUAAUUCUUUAUCAGUUUAUGAACUCCACGUGCACAUCUGCUCCCAAGGAGUGUAUUUUAAAACAGUUUUCAUAAGCAAAACUUAAACUUAAUUGCCAACUACAAUUUAAGUGAAACCUUAACUUAAGACAAAAUCGAAAUAUAAGAAAUAUUUUUUAAAACUUAAUUUUAUAGGUAAAUAAGGAAGCGAAAAUUCUGCGAAGGCAAAUAUGUGAAAAGAAACGUUCGCUCAAAGCUGAAGACUUAAACUUUAUUUUUAAGUGAGCACAGACAUAUAUACACACGUGCUUAAGUAGAGAUUUAAGAGCAAAAACGAGCACUCAUAGUAUAUUAAGCGCAAUAAAGACAGAGAACGCUACCGCCGCAAGCCUCAUAUAAGGAAGUUGGUUAAAUAAAACACAGAGCUAGAAAUUAAAUUAAGCUCAUUUAUUGUUCCAUAAUUUACACGCGAUUAUUAGCGCGCUGCCCAAUUAGUGAUGGGCGAUUAAUAGCAUAGCGAGCGAAACGAAAAUCGGUGCGCUGUUGCAGCGAAAUGCGUAAAUGAGCAACCAGCAAAAAAACAAACAAACAAAUAAUCGGCCGUUGAGGAGCUUACUUAGCGCCGUAGUGAAAGUAUUUAAUUGCAUAAGCUGAUGGGCAAUUUGAAGGCAAAACAAAUUAACAAAAAAUAAAUAAAGCGAAGGGGAAGACGAAGCAGAGAAAAACGUACGCCAAAUCACGUUCGGUUUUUAUUUUAAUUGGCAAUUUCUAAAUAUAAUCACACCACCUCAGGCACUCGCUCCCUAAUCUCUGCUCACGCGUUGCUUCUCAUGCAUAAUUUGGUACACGAAGCGCCACCAAAUACGCAGUGCAGAAGUAAAAAAAUAAAAAAUAGAGAAACAAAUGUUUUGUGCACUUUAUUAAAUUUGUUCGCACUUAAUAGGAGUUGAAAGGCGCAAUUGUUAUAUUUCGUAUCGAGUUUUUAGGCUUAGUUCACCCCAACUAUAUUACAUACAUGCACACAUACAUACAUAUGUACGCUUAAGUAUAUGUUUAGUGGCAAGUGAUUGCUUGUAAAUACAUAAUAGUAAUAAGUGUUUAAUUAUAACGGGAAAUUUUAGAUUUGCUGCAUAACAGUAAGUAAGUGUCUGUGUAUUUCAAUAAGCGCUUCCAUGUUCGUAUAUGUGUUUGUACGCCUUCUAUAAGUAUUAAAUAUCUAAAUAAGUAUGUAAGUUGGAUGAAGUUGUGUUUGUGUAAGAAUUCAUCAAAUCAAAAAUCGU